AUGUCCGACGUCCCACCAACCGAGUCCAAUCUCAAACCAGAGGAACCUAAAGCACCAGCCCCUGCACCUCAGUUCCAGCAAUUCCAAUCUCAAUCCAAAUUACUACCAAUUUCCACCUCAAGGUUACUACCAAUUUCCACUACAAGGCUUCCCGAACUACCCUCCUCAGCCUAUGCCUUACUUCCCCAACCCUUGGAUGUUCCAGCAAUUCCAAUCUCAAUCCAAAUCGAAGAGAGACCAAGAGUUCGAAGAAGGUCUGAACCGUUUACGCAAAGAUUAUGCCACAGCUCCAAUUGA